AUGAUAGCUUUUAUAACAUAUCUAGUUGUUUUGCUUAAAGGGAGGGCUUGUGAGAUGUUGUAAAUGGAUUCCUUUUAUUAAUUUUCAUCAGAGAAAAUUGAAUUAAAUUAAAUCGGAGAAUCGGAUGAAUUCUCAUAUGAAUAUGGGAUAUGGUCAAAAUAUAAUCCUUUGAGUAAUAUUUCUCAAGUUGGUAUGAUUGGUAUAUUUGAUAGUGAUUGUUUUCACAUUCACAAUGUAGUUGAUUAACAAACUUAAAGUUUGAACUUAAUUUAUUAUGAUUAUUUGCAUUAUGAAUCUUAUAAAAUAUAUAAGACUCUAUAAUUUAUAGACAAUGAAGGACAAUAGCAUCAUUUUGAAUUUUUAAUAGAUAAUUUUGAGUAUGAAAAUGUUUGGUUUUACUUUUUAAUUUAAUAAUGGCCUAGAAUCAAUAGAUUUGAAUUUAUGAUAAUAUAAUUAGAUAAAACAACCAUAAAAAGAAGUUUAUAAAUUAAACAUCCAUUCUAAGAUACUAAAUUAAUUUUUAAUUUUGGUGGAGGAUUGUAAGUACAAAACUCAUUGAUAUAAUCAAUAAAAUCUGGGGAUUAAUUUUCAUACUUUCCAGGUAAAAUAAUUUUGUCAAAAUUUCGUUUUUAAGAUUAGUCACCAAAUUUAGAUUAUGAAUUGAUAGCUUUGGAAUAGUUUUAACCAUAUAAAGAUUGUAACUGUUAGAACAGUGAGAAUUUUUAGAUAACUGAUGUAGAUUUAAAAUAAUUAGAUAAAAUAAUUUUUGUUUCAAAUAAUCUUAAUUGUGAUAGCUUUGCUUUUUCUGGAUGGUUUAAGAUUACGGAGGUUGUAUCAACAUAAGAUGUUUUAGUUUAUCAAUUAAUCAAGUUAACAUCUAAUUAUGAAGGUUACUUAUCAAAUCCUAAUUUAUCCCCAUUUUAAUUACUUUAUAAACUUUCUCAUCUUGGAAAUGAAAUAAUUAUAACUACUUAUAGUUAUAUUUUUCCAAAAAUAAAUGAAAAUUUCGAGGAAAAUCCAAUUUUAAUCACAAAAAAAUUUGAUAUAAUCAAUUUAGUGGGUUUUUGGCAUUUUUUAAAUAUAUAACUUAUCAGGAAUAAUUUUGAAGUUUUGAUAAAGUCUUAUAAAGGUGAUGAAGUUACUUAAUUCUCAGCUUAAAUUGAUGUGAUAUAAUUUAAUAGUGUAAGAUACAAAUUAUAACAUGGAAACAUCUAGUAAAAUCAAAAUGAUUAUUUAAAUGUCUAAACAAGAAAUUUAGUCUUUUAUAAUUGUGAACAAACUGUUGAUCAAAAUUAAUGCCAUUACAGUUGUGAAACUUGUGAUGGACCAACUAAAUUUGAUUGUAUUUCAUGUUCAAUAGAAUCACAAAGAAUCUAUCUGACUGAUUUUAAAGUUUGCAUUUGUCCACUUAACACCAUUGAUGAAAAAAUCUGCAAAACUUAUCAGAAUAUUUAAUUAGCUUUAAUCGAUAAAGAAAAUGAAAUAUAGAAUAAUUGUUAAUAUGGAUAUUUUGAAUUUUAAGGAGAUUGUAUCAAAUGGUAAAUUUAUAUAACAUUAUUCUAGUCCCUCAAUUUUAAGAGAUAAUCUAAUCUCAUGUUUAGAAUGUUUAUAAAAUCCCUAAAGUUGGAGCUAAAAUUCAUUAUGUCUAGUUGAAAUAAAUUUAAAUGCUGAAGGAGAUACAUAAUAAAUUACGGAUGAUUUUUAUUAUCAAUAUAAAUUUGAUGGAGAAAAUCUGAUUUUUUGUUAGUUUUGCAAUUCAGAAAGUUCUUUUUUGUUAGAUGAUUAGUAUUUCGAAGAAUUUGAAAAUUCUGCAGCUUCAAAAUAUGAAAUCUAAAAUUAUAAAUUUUAAUGCUAGCUCUAUAUUUUUACUUUAGAAGGAACUAUUUGCUUGAAAUGCUAUUUAGGUUAUUUUUUAAUAAAUAAUUAAUGUAUAUUUGAUAAUUAUAAUAAAACUUCUUGCUCUUAAGGAGAUUACUAAACACAUAAAAAAAUUUGUAGUAAUUGUCCAAUAAAGCAUUGUAAAUAUUGUUUUGAAUAUCAAAAGGAUUUAAGCAAAUGUACUUUAUACAAAAAUUUUGAGAUUUUCAAUUUUGAUGAUGAAAUUAAGGUUGGUUGUGCAUUAUGUGAGGAUAAUUAUAUUUUUGAUUUCAAUUUAGGAUUAUGUUUAUAAAAAUAACCCUCAGAUAACUUGUGUCUAAGAUCAUUUCUUAAUUUUAAUGGAGAUGAAGUUUGCACUUUAGCUGCUAUUAAUGAUUUUAGUAUUGCUCCUUAAAUUAAUAAUUGUGAAAAAUAUUAAGCCCAUUGUUUAUAAUGCAUUAGAUCACCUUAAUUUAUUAUAAAAUGCAUUAUUUGUUAAAUUGGGUAUACAGCCUCAGUUAUAAAUGGAGGUUGUUAUUUAAGUAGAGAAGGUGAUAAUUUUACUAAAGUUACAAUUGAAGGUGAUUUUAGAUUAGAAGAUGGAUGGGUGCAAACAAUAUAAUCUUUUAUGAUGAAAUUUUUACCUAAUUCUUACUAUUAUCCUCAUUCCGAUGUAUCUGAGUUUACCGUAGAAUUUAAAGUUGACUGUAUUGAUGGAUAUUAAUUAACUGAAUUUAAAGAGUGUCGAAAAUCAUGUUCUUCUGAGUGCUUGAAAUGUAAAGAGUUUCCUUUUGUUGGAUUUUCUUGUUUAUAAUGCCCUCUAAAUCAAUACUAAUAGCCCAUAAGAAACUAAGAUGAAGGAAAGUGUUUUGAAUGUACCUAGUUGUGUGAAAUAUGUUAAAAACGUUCACCUGAAGAAAUUUAUGUAAUAAUUAAUUUUUUCAAUUUUAGAGUUUACAACCUUCAUUUAUUUUGACAGAGAAUAACCGAAUUUAUACAUCAAAAUGUUUAAGACCUAUCAAAGAUCCAAAAAUCUAUCUAGAUCCAUAUGAUUAAAUAGCUAAGCAUUGUCUAGAUGAUAAAAAUUGUACACCUUAAUUGUUACAUAUCUCUAAUUAUGAUUUUUGCGAAGAGAUAAAUGAAUGGUAAGACACUAUUAACACAAACUAUUGUAAUCAAAUGGGCAUAGAUACUAUAAUUGUUAGGUUCUAUUUUCUAAAAAACCCAGUUUAAUCUUGCUUUAUGGAAAAGUUUUUAGCUGAAACCACAUUAAAAUCGAAAAUAUUUUCUCUAAGAAAACUAUAUUUUUAAUUUACUUCUGAAGUAUUAAUGAAAUUUUAAACUACAAAUACUAUUUAGAUUAAUAAUUUUGAUAGAUUCGAAAUUACUAGUAUCAUUUUUUAAAGAUAUGAAAAUGUGAAUUUCAUAAUGAAAAACAAUUAAAAUCCAGUUGAUUUAAUGUUACAAAACUUUUAAUUAGCUAAUAGUUUUAUUAACACUACAUCAUCAAUAUUUCAAACUAACACUUUUGGAAAUAUAUAAUUCUAAUAAGUUGCAAUUAUUAAUUCUACGUUUCAUAAUUCAUCCUUCUUUAAUUUUGAAAUUUUCCCAAUAAACGGUAAUAUUUCAAUUGAUUAAUUAAUAAUACGUAAUUGCACUUUAUACUAUUCGGAUUUAUUUAAUAUCAUCCUUACUAGAGGGAGUAUCUUUAUUUAGAAUUUCAUUUUGGAAGAAUCAAAUUUAUUUAAUUCGACUAUCUUUUCUUUUAAAUCAAACUUUACAAAUAAAAUAAUUGUGAACUUUAUAAAAAUGUAAAUUAAUGGAAAUAAUUUUUAUUAAUCAAAAUUUUAGAAUAGCUAAUCUUCUUUGAAUCAAAAUAUUAUAGACGUUCAAUUCUAUGAAAAUUUUCUAAAAAAUUCUAUAGCUUUUGAUUUGAAUCACAAUUUCACUAUGUUAAAUAUUUUAAUAUACAAUAACGAAUUCUUAAAUUCAUCAUUAAUUUCUACUUCUGAAUCUUAGGUUUUAUAUUAAUUAUCAUAGUCACUAAGCUUCUUUUAAGCAAGAAAAAAUACUUUUACCAAUUCAAAUAUUUGGAAAAUUUCAUCGAAUUUGGAAACUAGUAAUUUAAUACUUAGUCUAAAUCAUAUUUUUCUUGAAGAUUUGAAUAGUUCAGAUCAAUUAAACUAUUUAUUCAAAUUAAAAUGUUUUCAACUUUUAUUAAAUGAUGUUUAAAUGAAAAAUGUAAUCAACAUAUUUAUUUUCUACAUUUAUUAAAGUAAUUUAAUUAAUAUUCAGAAUGUUAUUUAUGAAAAUUUCUAAAAUUCAAUUAAAAUUCCAUUAAUAUAAUAUUGCCAGCAAAUAAUAUAGCAAUAAACUAAACUUUUUUAAAUUAUUGGUUUUUUUUCAAUUAAAAUAAUUGGGGUCAGAAUUUAGAAUAUAUAUAAUCUUGAUGAAUCAAUGAUAGAUAUAAAUUCUAAUAAUGAAUAAUUAAUUAAAGGAUAAAUAUUGGUUUAAUUACAAGAUAUUUCGUUUAUAGGGAAUCUAGUGAUUCUAUUAAAUUAAAUUGAAUUCACUUCACUCUUAAAAAUUAACUCUGAUAGGCGAUUAAUUGUUACUAUAAAAGAUAUUCAAUAUUUAGAAAAUAUAUUCCAUUCUUUUGCUGAUAAUUCUUUUAAAUCUUAUGCUAGCUUAAUAUUUAUGAAUUGUAGAACUUGUAUAGUUGAAAUAAAUAAUUAUAUUUCUAAAAAUAAUGCAUUUACAAAUUCAUCCAAUUCAUUUAUUUACAUAAAUUCUAAUACCAUAUAUUUCAACAAUUUUAAUGUUGAAAAUCAUAACUUUCUAACUUAAAACUUAUGGGUUAGAUAUUUUGAUUUGCAAUUAGAAGAAAACUACAAUUAGGAUGAAAUUAAUUAAAUAAUUUCAUAAACUUUAUUUAUAAAAACUAUUGGUGGGGCAGCUUAAUUAACGACAUCUAAUUUUACAUGUUUGAAUUGCAACUUUAAAUAUUUAAGAGCAUUUAAAAGUUCUGUUUUUGAAAUAAUUACAGAGUAAGAUGGUAUUAUUGAACUUAUAGAGCUAUAAAUUUUCUAAGCUUUUCAUGAUCUAUCAUCACUUACGAAUACUACAGGAUGUAUAAGCAUUUAUUCUUAAAAUAGUUUUUUAAAUUUUUCAAUAAGAAAUUCUCAUUUCUCAUAAAUUUUAAGUAGAAUAGCUCCAUCAAUUUUAAAUAUUAUUCCUUCAAGUAUUCGAAAUUCAAUAUCAAUCUAAAAUAGUAUCAUUUAGAAUUGUUUAUCGUUAAUUAAUUCAAUUUUGAAAGUGUCAUUUUCUUAAAAGAUAGUAUCAUAUAAUUAAAUAAGACUGUCAAAUAUAACAAUAAUUUAAGAUGAAAAAGAUUGGAUUAGUUAUUUUUCAAAAAUUGAACCAUUAACUGCUGUCGAAAUAGAAGGAAUAGUAACUGAAGACAAUGCAAUAAUUUCUUUUGAAAGCUGUUCAGUUAAAAUCACAGGACUAAUAAUUUAAGGGUUGUAUUUAUCACCAAUAUUAAAAGUCUCAAAUGCUCCAAAUAUCAAAUUAUUAAAUUGCUUAAUAUAAUAAAUUCAACUAUUUUACUCAUUGAGUAUCUUUCAUUUUGAAACAACACUUUAAACAAAUUAGAAUCUACUCAUUUAAUAAUUAAGUAUUACAGGUGCCAAAGUUUAUUAAACUUCCCUGGAAUAGAGUAUAAUUUCAAAAAUUUUAAAUGUAAAAAAAAGUUGUAUAAAAAUGUUAAUAUCCUUUAUUGAAAGAUUCUAGGCUUUUGAAAAAUUGUAAAGUUCUUUUUAAAGAUAUGAAAAAAACUCUCCAUUAAUUAACAUCAAAAGCGCUUAAGCAAAUAAUAGUUAUUUUUUUAAUUUAAUUAAAUUACAAAGAAAUAAUUGUUCAUUUUGUAGUAAUGGCUUGAUUUAUUUUAAUAUUUAAUAGAUUAAAUAGCUUAAAAUACAUGAUUUAGAUUGUUUCUCUAACACAAUACUAAAUUAUGGUUGUUUAAGUUUGAUUCAAUAAAACACAACGACAAACAAAAUAAAAAUAAUGAAUUCUAAUUUUUUCAAUAAUAGCGGUAGUAUAGGUGUAGCGAUUUCAACCUUAGUAGCUUCAGUUAUUUUGUAAUCUUGUUUAAUAAUGAAUAAUACUGCUAGUGAGCAAGGUGGGGGUCUUUAUUUAGAUUUGAAAGAUAGUAAUUUUCUGAUUAAAUCAUCUACUAUAAUAUAUAAUAAAGCUUUAAUGGGAGGAGGAUUAUAUUUGAAUUAAAACUCUAAUUUAAAUAGCAAUAAUUUUAUUUAAUCUAUAUUAAUAUUCAAUUAAGCAAAUAAAUUUGGAAAUAAUCUUGUAGAGAGUCCAACAAGUUUAGCUUUAAGUAUCAACUAUCUCGAAAUGUUAUCAUCUAAUAGUAUAUUGAAAGAUAAAUAAAUUAAUGUUCUUAAUUUAUAGCCAUACAUAACUAUUGAACAAGAGUAAAAGGUAAGAAGUCAGUAUCUAAAAAUACCAAAUAAUUAAGUGAUUCGAGAUUAUAAUAUUUUAAUCCCUAAAAAAUCAUAAUCCAUUAAAUUAUUUAAUGAUCUUAGUUUAUAUUUUAAAAAUAGUUAUAGUGAGCAGAUUUUUUAUCAAGCUAAUUCAACUUGUGAUGUAUUUUAACAAAUUAUAUCAAAUGAUGAUAGAGAAAAUGGUAGUAAAAUAGGUGAAGUAAUAUACAACGCUUAUUUGAAUAAUUUUGAUUUAAAAUCAUUAUAAUUUCAUUUUAAUACAAGCCUUAUAAGUUAAAGCUUUUUAUAAAUAAUAAUUUUAUGCCAUAUUUAAGAUCAUUCAAAAUAAUUAUAAUAUAUUAUAAAAGCCACCAAUUAUUAAUGCUAAUUGGGGGAAUUUUAUGUUGAUGAUGGAUGUUAGUUAUGCUAAUCUAGCUAAGGAUUUUAUUCAGUAACUUACAAUGAAACAAAAUGCUCAAUAUUUGAUAAAUAGAAAUUCUUAUCUAUAACAUCUAAUUAAUUAAAUUUAAAAGAAGGAUAUUGGAGACCUCAUUAUUUAUCUGAUUAUACAACGCAAUGUUUUAAGAAUUAGUAAAAUUGUUAAGGUGGUUGGACAGUUGGCGAUCAACUUUGCCUUAAUGGGCAUUUGGGAGCUUUGUGUGAAGAAUGUGAUAUAUAUAAUGUGAGAGGAAAAGGAAAAUAUUUAAAAGGAUCAGAAAAUUCAGUAUGCUGGCCAUGUUUUGGGAAUUCAGAUAGCUUAGCUCCAUUUAUAUUGAAUUCACUUUGGUAUAAAUAAUGUAAAUUUUAGGGCUAUUUUAUCCGUCUUUUUAACUUUAGACGGUAUCAAUAAAUCAAAUGAUCUAUUUGUUUUAUUGAGAAUAAAAGAAAGAUAAAGUUAAAUCAUUUUCAAAUUAACAUAAGGUAUCCUGUUUUCCUUAUAUUAGAUUUUUAAAGUAUUUUUAUUAAAAUGAUGAUAAAUUACCUUUGGAUUUUUUCCUUAAUCUUUACUUUUAAUAUCAAUUUUUCUUUCUCUUUUAACUUUAUCGAUAGAGCAAGCAAUACUUCUUACUCUAUGGCAAAUAAUUUAGAUUGCUAUUUAUCAGAUAUACCAGUCAUUCAUCUUCUAUAUUUGAAGAUCUUUGUAAUCCUUGUUUUAAUAUGUUGGCAAUUUUUAAUUAUUCUUAUAUUAUUUUAAGUUUACUGCUACUUUUAAAAAGACAAUUUUAAAAUUCGAGUUGUCUCCAAUAUUUUACUCUGUCUAUACAUAAUAAAUUAUUCAGGUUUAAUUAAAUUGUAAUUUUUCAAUAUUAAUAUAUCUUAGAUUAGGUUCCAUAAUCUCUUAAAGAGAAAUAGCGAACUAAUAAUAUGUUUAAGGAGAUGUUUCAUUAAGGUAUAAUACAGAUAGUCAUUUUUGGUGGAUGGCAUAUUUUAUUGUGCCAUUAUUGGUGAUUUUUGGUGCACUUAUUCCUUUAUCCCUCUUCCUAUUGAUAGUAUUGAAGAAAGAAAAAAUGGAUUAGAGCAAACUUAGAGGCCAUAUAUGUUAUUUAUUUAAUGAAUAUGAAAAAUAAUGCUAAUAUUGGGAAGAGAUAAAAUUAUUAAAAAAAGCAGUUUUGAUACUGAUUUUAACUUAUUUUGAGACCAACAUUUUGUUAAAGGCAUCUUUUUUAGGACUUUGUUUAUUGUGUUACUAAUUGCUAUCAGUGAAAAAAAGACCUUAUAUCAUAUCCAAAUUAAAUCAUUUAGAUUUGUAAAGUGGAUAAAUUUGCUCUAUUUCUAUAUUUUUGGCAACCUUUAAAUAUGUUAGCGAAGAGUAGAACAAUUACCUGAGUUCUCUCAUCCUCUAAUAUAUAUUGAUAUUUCUUUUUGUAAUACUUUCUUAUCCAUUUAUUGAUUUCCUUUUAAGAUUUUACUAUAAAAAAUAUAAAAUCCCUUUUUUAACUUCUUUUGCAACCCUUAUGAAAAAAAUAAGAAUGAAAUCAUCUUUCUAAGCAGUUUCUGAGUUGUUAAAAUAGGAAGAAGUUAAAUAAUCUAAAUUAAAGAUGUAUUAAUAAAAAUUAAAGAAAUAUUUAAUGAGCAUAUCUAGAGCUUAGAUUAUCAACAGACCGUAUUAUUUAUAUCAUAAAAUUCUAGAUCAAUUAACUUUAAAAAAAAUACAAAAUUAAGCCAAUAAAAUUAUAUGAUCACUGAACAAAUUGAAUAAUCAAUAAACCUUUUUACAUAAGAUAGAAGAAGUUUUUGA